AUGGAGGUUGUAGCUACACCUCCAUUUGAUGAGGCCUAUCUACAGGAGUGUGAGAAUGCAAUCAACCUGCAGAUUGAAUGGGAUUUAAAUGCCUCUUAUACCUUUUUAACCAUGUCUUCUCACUUCAAGCGAGAAGACGUGGGUCUGCUGAACUUCGCCAGCUAUUUUCUACAUCUAUCGGUAAACGAACUAGAAUAUGUAGAAAAUUUAAUGACACUACAAGUCCAACGUGGCAGACAAAUGCAGCUGGGAAACAACUUGAACUUUGAGGAGCAGGACUGGAACGACCCGUUAUAUGCCCUGGAGUACAUAUGUCAAGUAAAGCAGCACAGCUUAGUGAACCUCAUGUUUCUUUACUCCUCAGCCACAGACCGGGGUGACCAGGAGCUGUCUGACUUCGUAAAUAUCCACCUUCUACAAAACCUGACCAAGGAUAUAAUAGUGCUUCGCUACCACCUCACUCACUUGCUUUUUCUGCAAAGCGAGGACAUCCCCCUUGCUGAAUAUAACUUCGGCUUCUUGGAUGAAAACGACCAGGAAUAA